AUGAUUGAUGCAACUAGUGGAGGAGUUUUGGUGGAUAAAACUCCUAAGGCCACGAGAAACUUGAUUGCAAAUAUGGUGGCCAAUUCUCAACAAUUUGGCACUAGGCUUGACCCUCCAUCUAAGCAUGUUAAUGAGGUAAAUAUUUCCUCCCUCGAACAGAAAAUUGCGAGUCUAACUUCUCUUAUUCGUCAAAUGGUUGUAGGUAAUAUGCAAAUGGUGAAGGCUUGUGGGAUUUGUUCGGUAGUAGGACAUCCAACCGAUAUGUGCCCAACUCUUCAAGAGGAGCCCAUUAAGCAAGUGAAUGCGGUAGGUGGUUUUCCUGGACAACUGCAAAGGAAGAAUGAUCCCUAUUCAAGCACAUAUAACCCGGGAUGGAGGGAUCACCCCAAUCUUAGCUAUAGGAAUCCACAAGCGAGGGCCAAUAUUCAAAGUUUGGAUAAUCAGAUGGGCCAGAUGGCAACUGCAAUUAGUCGGCUUGAGGCGCAAAGUUCGGGCAAAUUACCCUUUCAAAUGGUAGUAAAUCCAAGAGAAAAUGCAAAUGCAAUUGUUUUAAGAAGUGGUAAAGAGGUUAAGAUUCCAGUAAAGGCAGCCUCUGCAUCAUUGAAGCAAGAAAUGAGCAAAAUGUUGUUGCAGACAAGAAUGUUCCCAAUGAUGAUGAGAUGCGAGGUAAAUAUUCCACUUUUAGAUGCCAUUAAACAAGUACCUCGUUAUGCUAAAUUCCUAAAAGAAUUGUGUACAAUUAAAAGGAAACAGAAACUUAAAGGAUGUGCGAAGGUGAGAGUAGGGGAGAAUGUUUCUGCAGUUAUUCAAAGGAAACUCCUUGCAGAGUGCAAGGAUCCAGGUAUGUUUACUAUCCCUUGUACAAUAGGUAACACUCAACUUGAGAAGGCCAUGCUAAAUUUAGGAGCUUCUAUCAAUGUCAUGCCAUAUUCUAUAUAUGUUUCUUUGAAACUUGGACCUUUGAAUAAAACUGGUGUUGUGAUUCAACUGGCUGAUAGAUCUAUUGCCUAUCCUAAGGGUGUAGUUGAGGAUGUUCUUGAUAUGGAGAAUGGUGAUCAAACUACUCCUAUUUUGUUAGGAAGACAAUUUUUAAAGACAUUUAAGACUAAGAUAGAUGUUCAUAGUGGCACACUUACCAUGAAAUUUGAUGGUGAAAUUGUUAAGUUUAAUAUUUAUGAUGCCAUGAAAUAUCCUGAUGAUGAUAAUCUUGUUUAUUCAAUUGAUGUGAUUGAUUCUUUAGCACAGGAAGUUUUUGAACUUGAUGGAAAAUAUGGAAUGGAAGUUGCCAUUAGUAAGCAUCUUGAGAAAGAAAAUGAGGAGUUUGUCUUGAGUACUGAUUUGCAAGAAAUUGUUGCAGCAUUGAAUGAUUUUCUGAAGUUACAGCAGUCAGGUAAUGUUCCUUAUAUCAUGUUACUAGUUUCUAACGAGAGGCCUUUACCCUCUAUUUUGCAGGCCCCCAUUCCAGACUAG